AUGUAUUCAUCAUAUUCUCUAAUUAAAUUGCUGGUUUGUUUCUAUAUCUUGUGUAUACAAGUCCUCAUACGUAGCGUUUCAUCUUUGAAUCUUACCAAUGCUUAUUUGCACCACAAAUGCCUUGCUAGUCAAGGGAAAUAUAAGCAGGGAAGUGCGUAUGAGGAAAACCUUAAUCAUGUCAUCGAUCACAUUUCCACCUAUCAUUUUCGGGAUGGUUUCAAACACACAUCUCAUGGUGACGCUCCUAAUUCCGUCAACAUCGUCUUCCAAUGCCGCGGCGAUUCCUAUGGGUCUAAAUGUGGUUCUUGCUAUGCCACCGCAGUCGCCGGGUUUAGGAAGAGAUGUCAAAGAUACAAAGGAGGAAUAAUAUGGUACGACCAAUGUUUUCUCAAAGUUAGUACAAUCAAUACCCCUCCAACGAAGAUGGAUUACGAGAAUACUUUUCCUAUGCACAACCCAAACAACGUCAACGGGGAUACCCAGUUGUUCGAUCAAAAUAUGAAGGAUUUUCUCUACGAGCUGGCGCUGAAGGCGGAUAAACCCAAAGCUGAUGGUAGCGGUUUGCUAUAUUACGCGACAGGGGAGAAGGUGCUCGGGAAGAAUAAAGUGUAUGCAAUGGUGCAGUGUACAUUAGACAUAUUUCAUUGUAAGGUUUGUUUGAAAUGGUGUAUCAAGGAGCUUUCCAAGUGUUGCGAGGGUAAACAAGGAGCUAGAGUUUUGGGUACGAGUUGUAAUGUUAGGUAUGAGUUAUACCCUUUUACUAGGACUUAA